GGGAUUAUUAUUUUCCAAUUUGCCUUUUUUUUAAAUAAUUAUUGUUUAUUUCGCGUGACCAUAAGUCGGUUUGAUAUGAUUUUCUGUAUAGGUCGAAGAGACUACGUUAGCGAUUCUUGGAAUUUUUGCGUAUUUGGGAAGAGAGACAAGAUUAUAUCUAUCAGAAAUGGAUAUAAUGGACAUGGAUGACCAGAUUAAGAAUUUCCUUUGUUACUUAGAGUGCGGCAGCCUCUAUAUAUAUCGAGAAUUCAACUCUCUACCAAAGUAUCAACUCUUCAACGAGGUAGUUAUCGAUGAAAUUGGAUGGGUCGACUUUUACGCUUCACUUAAAUCCAAGUUCCAAUAUGAUGGGAGAAGAUCUAGACAACAUGCUAUACAAGCCGAAAAGGAGAUCAUCCUUUAUACUGUUCUUACAGUUUGCUACGAUGUUUUUAGCGGAUUUGCACACUACACAAACUCUUCGCAACAACCCUUGGAUUCUAAUGUGCUUACAUUUUUGUUUCAAAGUCAAACCCUGUUAUCUAAUUGCCUGGAGGGUUAUUGGGCUGCUUAUGAUAAAUCGGGCGUGACGAUGAAGUUUACAGAAAAUGUUGCUACUGAUUCAACUUCAUUCUCGGAAGUGCGAUCAAAGCCAAUUGAGUUCGUUAAAAGGGAAAGUGAUCUUGAUCAAUCUAGAGUGACCAAGGGGAUAAAUGCAGCGGAAAUCAAACCUAUAAAAGUCGUUGAGAAGGAAUACGGGGCGGAAAAAAAACGUUUGCAUGAACGUUUACUGAGGAAGUCCAAAGAACAUCUGAUUACCGCUACUAAUGUUUUUUUGACGGGUACUCGGUUACUAUUCAUAGAUGUAGCAGAUUUUAUCGGUCUUCUUGCAAAGCGACUGCAUGGCAAAAAGAUUACGAGUAGAGAAAAAAGGAAAAUAAAGCGAACACUACAUGAUAUCAUCAAUCUUGUUCCGAUUACAAUCAUAAUGAUAAUUCCUAUGUCGGCGGUAGGGCAUGCAGCAGUAUUAGCGGCAAUCAAUAAAUACGUCCCAUCGAUGAUUCCUUCUCCAUAUUCGUCCGAACGGCUGAAUCUGGUGAGACAAUUUAAGAGAAUAAAGAAGAUGCAAGUUGAAUCAUGGGCCUUUGAAGAUAAAAGCUUUACAGUGGCAAUGCCGUAA